GACAAGAUCAGUCGCAACGUGUUCGUUUUAACGUUCGGUCGUCCGUUUUGAGUGUGCGUGUGUGCAGGUUCAGACGACGGUGAUAUUACUACAGUAGUUUCGUUUAUGGUUUUCACGAUUGUUAUUAUUAUUAUUUUUUUUAAAUAAAAGAAUUUAAUUUCGUAAAACGGAUGGCGAAUUUUUACCGUUCACUGCUGUCACAUUGAUAUCACCUCGUAAUAGUCACUGAAAAAAAUGUCACAGACUUCGUGGAGAAAAUUAUAAUUGAUGGUUAAUCCAGCAUAAACGUAUAUAAUAUAUGGUAACAAUAUAUAUAUAAUAUAUCGACAGACGAUACUACAUCUUGUUGACGAGGGCUCAUAUAGUUAAUUAAAAAUUACUAUAUUUCAAACUGAAAUAAAUAUGACGAAUAUUGGACGUAUCCGGACUGUAGUGUUGGGAAGUUCUCGAGUUGGGAAAUCUGCUGUCACUGUUCGAUACCUGACAAAGAGAUACAUCGGAGAAUACAGUUCAAACACAGACCUGUUGUACAGACACGACGUGACGUUCGAUAGCGUUCUUACAGAAGUGGAAAUACUCGACACAUGCAAAUAUUCGACCACUUGUUUGUACGAUCACAUAAGAUGGGCCGACGCAUUCGUGAUCGUCUACAGCGUGGUGGACCUGUCAAGUUUUAAUGAAGCGCAAUACCUUCUGGACGAGUUGAGCAAACACAAAUUGCCGUCGUACUUUGCUACGCUGUUGCUGGGCAACAAGAGAGACUUGGAUCAUUCCAGGACAGUGGCAGUAGACGCGGGACAAGAGCUAUCGCUGCGGUUUGGCUGUCAGUUCUACGAGGUGAGUGCGGCUGAAAACUUCGCGGGCGUGUCGCUCGCGUUCCACUCGCUGUUGCGCGAGACUCGGGCGGUGCAGCUGCUCCGUGGACUGCCGAUCAGGCGCAAGUUAGGCGUGAACAGCGUGUCCAAGGUGCUGGGCACGAUAUUCGGCAAGAACAGCAGCAAGCGGGACCGGAAGAAGCGGCCGUCGCUGAGCAUAUGACCCGCGUGGGCGUCCGCCGACACGGCCACCGCUGCGGGCGCUCCGAACACGACGCUCACGCUGUGAACACGUACGCGAAUAAGAUAGAAAAAAUCGAAAAUUGAAAAAAAAAAUAUUUAUAUAUAUUAUAUAUAUAUGUCGUCUCAAGACCCGCCAACCACGACACCUUCCUCCCACCCAACCACUAACCACUAUUACCCACCCAUACACGUCGAUCGGAUAAGUCGUCGUUGUCAUCGUCCAUCAUCAUCAUCAUCAUAUAUAUAUAUACAAUAUAAGAGGACGUAUAUAAUUAUACUACUCGUCACAGGCAGAUGUACCUAACUGCUGCGACGACGGAUGUGUAAAAUAUUAUUAUCCCGCGAUUGCGGUGGCAGGCGUAUUAACAUCCGUUUCCGUUCCGGAUAGGCGAGAAUGAGUUGAACGUACAUCGAAGGCGUGCGUCGCCUAUCGUCGAACCAGCCCAAGAGAUUCCGAGAAAAAUAAUGAAAAAAAAAUAUAAAUUUGGUAGAUAAAUGUGCAUCCGUCCGCGAACAACGAUCCUGGUCGGCUGACGCUGGUCAACAAGGACCGUGUCUAUUAAAUGACAGCAUAGUAUGCAUGUUUUAUUGACGAGCCGAUGACAACUUAAAUUAUCGUAAUCACGGUUUUUGUUCCCGUGGAAAAAUUUACCGCUCCUGCAAAAGCAAAAAAAAAGAAACCGCGUGCAGCGUACCGUAGAUUGGAUAUGCUACGACACGUCUGCGGUAGUUUUGGCGAAAGGACUCGCUAACGAGCUGUCUCGUUGACUACGUUUUUGGGGACGAUUACAAUAUAUAAAUAUAACAUGAAGCUACGAGCCGCGGAAUCCAUUUAUAGUUACUCGGGCGAUAUGUUGGACAAGACGAUGUGAUGUUAUCGUAUAGAUAAAUGACAUCUGGUCGGCCACACCAUCGCACGAUUGAAGGUUCGCGAUGGACUUUCCUGUGAAAAUGCCUAUCCAGGAUACGGAUGACGAAAAGCCACGACAGCUACUGAUACAUUAUUUUCAAGUAUUUUUUGGUUACUCGAAAGUCGAAAUCCAUCCCUCCCCCACCUCC